UGCUUUCUGUCUGUUUACUCUUUGUUUCAAAGGAUUCCUUUGACAGAAGAAAUCAGAAAUGUUGAGUAACUGUGAGAAGAUGGUUGUCAUCUCUUCAACUACUAACGAAUGGCCACAGGUUUCCCCUUCUCUCUUACUCUCUCUCUGUUUCUCUGCCUCAAUUAUUAGACAAAAAAACCUGACCCCAUUUUUGUUGCUUUGUAUUUGGAAAAGAAUAUAUCAUCAUUCCAUAUCACCUCCUAUAUUGUUAUUUUACCAUAAAAACAUCCUCUUCCAGUCUUUCUUCUCUUUCUGUUUAGCUGUUGUAGAUGUUUGAAUUCCUGACUUUGACUUCAGAAAUUUAAGUUUUAAAACCUGUUCUCUUCUUCUUGAUGCAGACUGAAGUCGAUGAGAAAACCCUAAUGGUAUCGACUAGUAGGCUUAUGGAGAAACCAGCUCAUCAAGAUCAACAACUUCAACAGCAACAGCAACAACAAGCCUUGAGGUGUCCUAGAUGUGAUUCAUCCAACACCAAGUUCUGUUACUAUAACAACUACAGCUUGUCCCAGCCAAGACACUUCUGCAAGGCCUGUAAACGUUACUGGACCAGAGGAGGCACCCUGAGAAAUGUUCCGGUGGGUGGAGGGUGCCGAAAAAACAAGAGGGUCAAGAGGCCAGCCUCUGCCGUUGAUGGAGGCUCUUCUACUCCUAGUCCAAGCCCUAACCCUACAUCCCAACCCCAGAUCGACUUUUCUUCUUCCUCAAAUCACAUCAACCCUUUGCUUUAUCGGUUAUCCGGAACCCCAUCUGAUAUGAAUCUUCCAUUUUCUAGGUUUAAUUCAACUGUAUACGAUCUUCAGCCUCAGUUCAAUAAUGCAGUUGGGUUAGGGUUUUCUUCAAAUCCACUUCUUUCAAACUAUUCCAUUUUCGGCUCUUCCUCUUCCACCGCCACUCCCACAAUCGCUUCUUUGUUGCCUUCUACUCUUAACCAACAGAAGUUCAUCAACAGCAACGGUCUCAAAAGCACUAACUGUUACGAAGCCGCAGGACCAUUUCAGAACCAGCAAAUAGGAAGUAACAGUGGUGAAGCUGCGCUGACCACUGCCGUGAGGGAGGUGAAAGUUGAAGAUCAUGGACGAAGCAGAAUGGAGUGGAAUGUGGGGUGUCAGAAUCAGAUGGAGCAAAUCGGGUUAUCGGAUUCUGCUGUUUACUGGAACACAACAAAUAGUAGUACUGUGGGUGCUUGGCAUGAUCCGGGCAACAUUGGCUCAGUCACUUCUCUCAUCUAACAAAAACCAAAAACGUUUUUAAUCACUCUCAAAAUUCUGUCUCCCUCUUUUUUGGGUUAGUUUUCUCUUUUGAUUAAUUUCUACUGUUUUUAGUGGCUAUGGUUGGGUAACACUAAGGGGGUAAAUUGGAAAAGAAAAAGAGAAAACCCUAACAAAAAUUUCAAAGCAUAAAUGGGAGAAGCUGGGAUCGGAGUGAUCAUGUCAGCAGCAAAUUCAGCCUAUACUUUUAUUGUCAAAGGUUGAGAAAAUUUCCAUUAAUUGCGCUGAGAGGAACCUCGGAUCCUCAUCGUCUCAUCAUCAUCUUCAAGGUUUGCUCCUUUUAUUCAACUUGUCAGUUGGGUGAGUUUUAGUAAUUACUAGUUUCUACCUUGUACUAUAUGCAUAUCUUUGCAUAAUUAUGUAUUUGUUAUGAGUUGGGGGAUUGGGGGGGUAUAUGUUCUUGAAGGAGUGCUACUCAGAUUAGAUGAGGAAGUACUUAAUAUUUCUUCUUCUUCUCCCUUUUUUCACAUUUUCUCUUUGUGGUUUUAGGGGGUGGGUAUAUAUAGUUAUUGGAAUAUAUAGAAGAAAGAGGGAGAUUAUCUUUUGUAACUUUCAAUGUGGGAACUUAAUCAAUGUGAUUGAUAUCU